AUGAUGAGAUGUCGAUGUUCAAUUGCGGAGCGGGGCGAGGGUCCACGCCAUCAUGACACCGAUCAGGACCUACUUCACCGGGUGAGCCAGACUAGAACUGCUAGGUAUUAUUGGCUUAUGCGCCAGAUCAAAAUCUCGAAGCGUGAUAUGGGAUACAUAGUAAAACCCCACAAUAAAUAUCGAAGGACCCCACCUUUAAAAAAGCGGAAAGAAACAACACGCACGCCUGCUGCUUGUGCGGGUAUUACCACUGGGCUCUACAAUGUCGACCGACGCGGAUCUCAGGAGGACGGACCGCUCAUGACCUCCCACCAAUGGAACAUUUUGAAUAGUCAGCGAUACAGUAGGUAUUGCGCCACGGAGGGUUCAAUACACAGCCCCAAUGAGUCUGCCUCAUACCGAAGGCCAAGCAUGCCGUAUUCGGGAAAUCGCGGUGCAGUAACCGGAGGUAGUGUCUGUAAGCGCAACAAGGUCCCAGAGAGAAGAUUAGUUAUAGGUGACAAAGACAUAAGGGGAGACUUGAGAUCCGUUGGAAAUGAAGACUGGGCGAACUCACGACAGCCCUCUAUGACCAAUGAAAGAGCAGCUACAAUUUUAAGAGGAGGACUGGAGAGAGACGCGGAUCAUUCGAAUUAUUCGUUUCUGAGUGCCCCUAUGAUCUUGAAAGAACUCGAAGGUCGAAGAAUCAGUUCGAUCUAG